AUGACGCUGACCCAAGCUGAGAAAGCCGCCGUGGUCACCAUCUGGGCCAAGGUGGCCACCCAGGCUGAUGCCAUUGGGGCAGAGUCACUGGAGAGGCUUUUCUUCAGCUACCCCCCGACAAAAACCUACUUCCCUCACUUUGAUCUGAGCCAGGGCUCAGCUCAGCUCCGUGGCCAUGGCUCCAAGGUGAUGAGUGCCAUCGGGGAGGCCGUGAAGAACAUCGAUGACAUCCGCAAGGCUUUGGCCAAGCUCAGCGAGCUGCACGCUUACAUCCUCAGGGUGGACCCCGUGAACUUCAAGCUGCUUUCCCACUGUAUCCUGUGCUCCGUGGCUGCCCACUACCCCAGUGACUUCACCCCAGAAGUUCAUGCUGCGUGGGACAAGUUCCUGGCCAGUAUUUCCUCUGUUCUGACGGAGAAGUACAGAUAAAUCACCUCAACAGAGGGUGAGGGAGGCCCAUCCACAGCCCAGCCCUGCUGCCAGGCUCUGGGAUAUCACCCUUUCCUGGGCAGCUCUUUA